UGGAACAUUCCUGCAUGUCGAAAGACAGCCAUGUACCGCGAUUGGCUGCGCUAGACGCAGCAGGAUACUUCCUGGAAUGUCUGCUCCUCAACGUUCCUCCAGGGCUGAGUGAACUGUAACCCAGGCAAGGAUGUUUCCUUGAAAUUCGUUUUCUACACAUACUAAAGAAGUUUUGCUGUACAGUACUCAAAACAGAUAUUGGAAAUCAAAAGCCAUUCAACAUGACGACAGAAACUUUGGUGAAGGACAUUAAACCAGGCUUGAAAAACCUAAAUCUUAUUUUCAUUGUGCUGGAAACAGGCCGGGUGACCAAGACGAAGGAUGGCCAUGAAGUGCGGACGUGUAAAGUAGCCGACAGAACUGGCAGCAUAAACAUCUCUGUGUGGGAUGACGUUGGCAACCUAAUCCAGCCAGGAGACAUCAUCCGACUCACCAAAGGGUAUGCAUCUGUGUUCAAAGGCUGCUUGACUCUGUAUACUGGACGUGGAGGAGACCUGCAGAAAGUGGGAGAGUUUUGUAUGGUUUACUCAGAAGUGCCAAAUUUCAGUGAGCCAAACCCAGAGUAUGUUGCCCAGCAGUCGCAAAACAAAAAUACACAGAAUGACAAUGCAGCACCCACAGCCUCCCAAACCACCCCAGGACCCUCAACAUCAUCAGCAGCCACUGACAACCAGAAUGGCAAUGGGUUGAUCACCUCUGGCUCAGGCAGCUCCACACACCCACCUGUUGUCCCCACUCACCCCACCAGCGGUCGCAUCACCCGGAGUCAGCCCAACCACCAGAGUGGGAACUCAUCGGGGUCAUCCUCUAAUCCAGUCAGUAAUGGCAAAGAGACACGGCGCAGCAGCAAGAGAUAACAAGUACAGGUUUAGGGUUGCUUUUCUGCUUCUUCCCUUCACUGCCUGCUGUGUUACCGUUUGCUUCUUGCUAACCGGUUUUGAGCAGAGCAGCUGAUACUGAAGGAGGAGAGAUGGAUACCAGGCUGGAGUAGAGACUAUGACGUGUAUGAAACCAACUUGUGUUUAGCCACUGAAAUUGACUUUUUAAUGUGUGAUGCUGGGUGAGGGAUAUGGUCUUCAGUGUGUUUAUAAUAGUAUUCCAGGUCCAACGUGUUCCUUUCAGGAUUCCUGUAUAUCCUCACUGUUUGCAGGAAAUUAACAUGAUUGUCCUCCCAACUUUUUGCCUGAUGGUAUGUCAUUCCUAUCCAUUACCUUUCCAGAUAAUAUGCUCCUGUACUGUGCUACAGGCAUAUGUCUUUGAAUUUGGCUCCCUUUGUUAUAAGUCUAGAAUCCUUAAAGCAGAGGUAGGGAACCUGUGACUCUGCAGGUGUUGCUUGAGUCCAACUCCUGUUAGCCCCAGCCAGUAUGGCCUAUGGUUGGCAUGAUGGGAGUUGUAGUAGUCCAACAACAUUUGUAAGGCCACAAGUUCCCCAUCUCUAGUUUAAAAGUAUUUAUUGUGGACUUGUGAUAAAGUCUAUGAAACCAUCCUCAACUGAGUGGUUUUGGGCUAAAUAACAAGUUGUGUUUCAAUUUCUAUAAGGCUCUUAGGUUUCAUGAGAUGUCUUGUAUGGAGGAGGUGUAGCUAGGCAAACAAAUAGACUUUAUGCCACUUUUUCUCAGCCAAACUCUCAGUCUGAAUGACUCCCAGAACUGUCCAACAAGAUGACACCGUUUACUGUAUUCCCAAAUAUAUUCUUGAUUGAUAUUGUAGCUUACAGCAUCCUGUAGGUAGGUUUCUGUAGAUGUAAUGAUGAUGAUAGAUUUAGAGGUGUGGCAAAAUUGACAAGAAAAGAAGCUUUGUUUUAAAAAAAUCCCAAAUUUUAAUUAUGAUUUUACUGUGUUUUUAAUUUGGAUUAUUGUGCAGAAAACUUGAAACAGAUGUGUUUAUUCCAGUAGGCCUCAGUAUGACUGGUGCUGGCAAUUGGCAGUAUUGGGACCAUAUCUGCUGGUGCCUAGCAGGCACAAGUCAGUACUGCCAACUUGAUAUUCACUUGGUGCAAGGCCCAGGUGUGAUGCAUGUUUACCUCUGAACUAGCAGAUCCUUGUGUGAAGUAAGAAAGCUACUCGGAGCCCCCUGUAACAUUACAGAAAUCUUUGGGGGUAUUUGUUUAUAUGUUCCAUGUCCUCCUCCUUCCUCUCUCCUAACAUUUAAGAGGUCCUUUUAAAUGAUUAUGUUCCUAGAAAGCCAUAGAUAGCCCUGGUUUCAAACAUCUGAAGGAACAUGAGGAAUUAUCAAUGGAUUAUUAGAAAGUUUUGAAGGGAUGAUGGGAUUACAUUUUAACACUAAAAAUAUUUUGCCAAACUUAACAUAAUUUCUUGAAAGCCAAUAAAAUUGUUCAAAAUACA